UAGAUAACAAUAGAUUGAACUUGAAUGUAAUCUAAGUUAUGUAGUAGUAUUUGCAUUACUACUGUAGUGAGAGAAAAGCGCCGUACAGCAACAAUUACAAAUUGAACCUUUAGUAUUUUCAGUACAUUAAGAUGUGGUGCAUGUGAGAAAACAAAAGAUGGCGCGCUUUUCGAUUUUUGCGAUUGUGUAACUUGUUGUAAGAAUACACCUCAAAAGUGCCAACUACGACAUCUUAGAGAACUCUACGGCCAUAACUUCACUCGGAGCCUGGGAUUUCUCCUAGCUCUGGUGAGCCCAGUCCGACCCCGGCAGUCAUGUCAGGACCGUCCCUGUCCGGUCUGGAGCCUGUCCCUGACCUGCCUGGUCACUCAGACCUGGGGGCCAAGUUCACCCAGCUGCUGAUGGAGCUGAACCAGACACACCAGCACCACAUCACAGGAUUUCAACAGAGGUGUCAAGAACUGGACAGGAGUCGGAAACACUACUACACAGAGUUGAAGAAAGCUCUCGGUGCAAUAAAGAAUCUGAAGACAGAAAACCAGAGACUCCAGGAGCAGCUAACGAGCCUAAGAACCAGUGGAAGCACAGAUGCCUGCAAGAACUGUAUGACUCUCCAGAGAGUGCUAGACCAGAAGGAGGAAGAGCUGAAAUCCGUCAGACUGGAGCGGGAGCAGUACGUCAGGUCACAGGAAGCACAAAUGAAAACUCUCCAAAACAGGCUGUCUGAGCUUCUAAACCUCCAGCCAUCUCACAAGCAUCUCCACGUACAGAACAGGAAUGAGAAGACAAAAGAGCUUUCUGCAAAGGUUGAAGACACCUGCAGCGACAACGAUGUUCCCGUGAUGAGCCUGGAGCAGGAAGGACAGACCGUUCCUGGCUCAGACUCAGAGACAAACGCCACAACAAAGCAGGCAGUGACACGCCUGCACCGUCAGAACAAGAGAGUCCGCUACAAGGAGAACGUCAAGACUUCUCCCGAUGGGAAGGAGGGGAAGACAUUGAAAAUUGGACAGAAGAAGCACCUUGUGUUGGCGGAGACUCAGGGAGAGUUUACUCAGCAGAUGAAGAUGAGCAGGAUACUUGUGCCUGACACCUUAGCCGUGAAUGCCUCUACAGAGAGCGAUGAACAACAGAAUUCACCACAGACAGGACAGGAGACCAGUACAGAAGAAAAGGAAAGUAGAAAAGAGGAAAGGAUACAGGAGGAUUCCAGUGGUGAUCCAGCGUGUGAUCCCAUCACGAUGAUCCCAGAGACCAUGGCCAUGGAGGACGACAUGGAUGAGACCAGGAUGCUGAUGUCUCCUCCCAGCUGCUCCAGCACACCUGUCAAUCAUCCUGGAAAACCUGGCACCCUGGCCAAUCAGAAACCAGCUAGGAGAACUCUGGCCAAUCAGAAACUAGCUAUGAAAGUCGUGACCAAUCAGCAACAAGUGAACAGGCAGACUAAGGGUUCAGCUGUUGAACAACCACAGCAGAAGCGGGUUGUGUCUGAGCCAGACAGUCCAGAAGCAGUCCCCUCCCCGCCUGUCUCCCCCACCUUCGGCAGACCUGCCUGUCCUGUCAACACUAACACCACCUGUGAGUCUCCGCUCCUGUUCGGGGAUAACGUACAGGGUGGGGCAGGAGAGGGAGGGGAGUCCUGUCACCCGAGGAGGGUACUCACAUCACAGGAGAUACAGCCACUGGUGAAAGUUCCAGCACCCCACGCUUCCUUUGUAGUCUCCCCGGCCCUACAGAGCCCACUGGUCCUGAAGAUCAAGGAAGAACCUCUCACCCAGGUGGACUCGGACGUCUCCCCCCUGCUGCUGGGGGGGCCCAACUUCAAGGUCAAGCAGGAGCCCCAAGGUCAUGACCCCACCAGACUGACCCUACAGAGAGAGUUCGACAAGGCCGCGUCAGGGAUGGAGGUAUGUCUGGGGACUCUUUUCUUCUCAGUUUUUCUUCUACUUCUAUGUGAGACAGAAGACACUCAGCAGGGACUUCACACCAAGAGAAGAAGCCGGGCGGCUAAGGUACUACAGGAGAGGCGAGCUCCCCGGCGCUCCACCAGGGCCGCUGCUGCUCGGGAGAGCGAAGCUGUCAGGAGCUCGCCCAGGAGGGUCAAACUCUCACAACAGGGCAGGGCCAACGGCAGGGGGGGCAAGAGGAAAACCUGUUUCGACGAGGACGAUUCCGACAUUUUGGAAGACGACAGCUCUGCUACCAGGGCAAAAGGCAAAAGAAGGAAAAAUAAAAGAGUGACAACGUCAAGUCAGAGCAGCGGCAAACAGAAAAGCGGUGUGCCGACGGAAUCGUCUCCAGGGCUGAAGCAGCUGACCCUGACUCAGGCCAUGUUUAACCAGAAGACAGAGCUGCACCGGUCCACGGCGUUCCGGGGACGCCUGAGGGGGGAGAAGGAUCCGCCCCGCGGAGAGGACAGGGACCUUCAGGAGGCUCUGGAGCUGUCCAGGACGGAAACGUCGCCUCACGCGGUGGCGGAGGAAGAGGCGGUACGUCUGGCGGUUCAGCGAUCCAUCCACGACAUCACCAAUACGGGGGAGCCCGCCCAUCGGGUGCAGAAACCAAUGAACGGUGCCAAAAAUCGCAACAGGAACGUGUCAGCACAGAGCACCAGCAGAGAGAAUUGCAGGCAGGGUCUGGAAGACACUUUCGACCCUGAUUCCACCUUCCAGAGGGCGCAGAAACCAGGCGCCAAAAAACGCAACAGGAACACGUCUGCACGGAGCACCAGCAGCGAGAACUGCCGGCAGCCGCUGGAAGACACGUUGUUUGACCCGGACUCCACCUUCCUGCCGGGGAAGUUCAAGGUCCCGGGAGUCCCGACCACGAGCACCCAGAAAGACGCUGCACAGUUCCACAGCCAGCAGUACAGUAACGGGCCUCUGAACGGCAGCCUGGACCCGGAUAUACAGCUGACAGAGCUGGACACCACCACACUGCCUGUAGACAGUCAGGGGUUUGGGCAGGAGAGAGAAGGGAGAGGAAGGAAGAGGAAUGAUGCAGGAUGGUCUGGGAGAGGAAAGACAGACAUCAGUCGACUGUUUGAUGAUGAGACAGCUUUUGGAGAAGAGAAUGACUCAGACACUGAUGAUGAAAACCUGGGCACACCAGGAGUGAUGCAGAGGAAGAGUGUUGGGAAACACAGAAGGAAAGAGCCAGUGGGAGACGACAGCUGCUCAGACCUGUUUGAGGGAGAGGAGGAGUGGGAAGCUGAUGAUCCCCACGAAGAGGAGGAGCAGGGGGAGGACAGGGCUGAAGGCAGAGGGUCAAGAGUCCUUUCUCACAACUUGGCAGAUUUUGACAGGGUUCCCAGGAAGGAUGCUGGCCCAAACUACAAGUACUCCAAGGUGGUGCGGAAGAGAGACGAGCGGAGAAAGCUGCACGGACACGACUGCCAAUGCUGCAAGGACUGGUACGGAGACAUGUCGGAGUCGGAGAAGAAGCUGCGUAUGAAGGCGACGUCGCGCCACCGCCAGCGUCACUCCCCCACCUCCACACCUGAGCACUUCUGGUCACUCGGCUUUCCCACCACACAGGAGUGUAAGACUAGAGGUUACCUGAAGGCAACCCAGACCCCUCCGCCCAGGAAGAGGAGACGACGACCGUACAAACAGAACUUCUCACCUGUCAAGACAGGACAGUAAAUCUGACACACCUGGGCUGCUGAGUUUUCUAUUCUGACACAUCUCUCUUACUCACAAUUUGAUUAACUUGAUGAGUCACUUGAAUUGAACCUAUUGCCCAGUGAUUGUGAAUUUUAUCAUGACCAUGUAAUUUGCCCAUGUGUUUUGUCCAUGUACAAUUUAUUCACAUUAUUUAAUUUUUAACAAUUUCAGUAGACAAAAUAGGCUUGUUUAUGAUUGAGAUGAAUAGAUUGAAAUAAAACUUAUGAUCAUAAAGAAUUAUUUUCUAUGCUUUCCCAGUAAAAAUGUAUUUCAGAUACUUGUGUAGUAGAUAAAGUUACUGGUCCAAACCCAUUCUUGAUACUGCCACUUUGGUUGCAAUACUGAGAGAUCCUGUUAGUAGGCGCUUUUGUACCUACUAGUACUUUCCACUUCACCAUCUCAGAACUGUUUUUAUUUUUUGUCAUCCUCAACCGAUGAGGUGAAGUAUGAAGCCUUUUCAAGUCGCUACAAGCACAAUGUGGCUUCGUUACAGUUCACAUGUUUAGCCAAGUACACCAGGUCAUUCCUACUCUGCUUGAUAAGUGUGUUGGGUUCUUUUAUGUGCAGAGGUUUGACGCCAAAACAUAAGCUUCCUUAUACACCUGGUAAAAGUCUAAGUUAGUCCUGAAAAUAAUUCCCAGAAAAAUAUAUCAUUGAUUUUGAAUGGCAAUGGACUAACUACACAUUUUAUUUGUCACGUAUGCCACAGUAAGUUAAGUCUAUCAAGGACUAAAAUAUUUGGUG